UUGCUAGAUGAAAGAAUGAUUCAAUCUUUCAUCAUUUCAUAGCCAAUCCCCAACCACCCACACACACUCCUCUCAAAGCCACCAUAAAAAAGCCCCACAAAUUUCCUUCUUCCAUUAGUACACACUUAUCAAUAUUCAACACAAAUGCCUUCUUCAAAAUUUGAACCAAAUGAUGACAUAUUUGAUUUUGUAAUCAAGAAAGCAAAUGGACUAAAAGGCAUAGCAGACACAAGCCUUGAAAUUAUUCCAAAUCAAUGCAUUCAACCAAAAGAACAAAGACUAGACAAAUCUCAAAUUGACAAUCAAGAAUCAAUCCCCACAAUUGAUUUGUCAAAUUUUGAUGAUUUAAAUGUUGAAAAAUCAAUUCAAGAAGCAGCAAACAAGUGGGGUUUCUUCCAAAUCAUCAAUCAUGGCAUCCCAAUUGAAGUUCUUGAAGAUUUGAAAGAAGCAGGACACAAAUUCUUUGAAUUGCCAGCUGAAGAAAAAGUAAAGUAUUAUAAAGAAAAUGCUGGUGCUGAUGAAUCUGUGUUGUUGUAUUGGAGUGCUAUUGGUGUCAAAGAUGAGAAAGUUUUGGAGUGGAGAGAUAGUAUAAAGCAUGGUUGUAAUCUAGAAAAUGAUAGCAAUCUUUGGCCUCCUCAAACAAGGAACCAAGUCUUGGAGUAUCAAAAGUGGGCUAAACCACUUGCUAAAAAGUUGUUAGAGGUACUAUUGAAGGGUCUCAAUGUCAAUGAAAUUGAUGAAUCUUUAGAACCUCUCUUGAUGGGAACUAUGGCUAUCAACAUAAACUACUAUCCACCAUGCCCAAAUCCAAGUAUCACCAUUGGUUGUCGCCGACACUGUGACGUGUCUUGCAUCACUCUGCUUCUCCAAGACGACACGGGAGGCCUAUAUGUCCGAGGGACUAAAGGCGAUAACUGGAUCCAUGUAAAUCCAAUAAAAGGCGCCUUAGCGGUUAACAUAGGUGACUCGUUGCAGAUCAUGAGCAAUGAUCGAUACAAAAGUAUAGAGCAUUGUGUAGCAGUUGAUUCAAGCAGGGCUCGAAUAUCUGUACCGCUAUUUGUGAAUCCUAGCCUUGACACUGUCAUUGGUCCAUUUCCACAAAUGCUAAAAGAUGGAGAAAAACCAGUGUACAAACAAGUCUUGUUUUCUGAUUAUUGGGAUUAUUUCUUCAGUAAGAGGCCUUCUGGUAAAGCAUCACUAGAUUUUGCUAAAAAUUGAUGCUUUGAUUUACAAAUUUUUUGUUAUGUUAAUGUUAUUGUAUUGUCAAAUCCAUUAUUAUGUAAUAACGAAAAGUGUUAUUUUAUGCAACCAUCGAUUUGGUGUGGUAGUGUUA